UCACCCCUGUAGCAAGGGAGAUGACAAGCGCCGAAGGCCCUUAGUUUGGGGCCCAGCCUUUUCCUGUCAGUCACACGCAAGGCCUGGCCAUGAAGGGUUUCACGGCGGCCCUCCUCGUCUGGAGUCUCUUAUCUCUGAGUCGCAGUAGCCACAAAGCCUGGCCCACACACACGGUCUGCCGGGAUGGGAACCUGGAAGUGCUCUACCAGAGUUGCGAUCCAUUACAAGAUUUUGGCUUUUCUGUUGACCAGUGUUCUAAACAUUUAAAGCCAAAUCUCAACAUUAGAUUUGGAAUCAUUCUGAGAGAGGACAUCAAAGAGCUGUUUCUUGAGGUAGCUCUCUUCAAUAAAGGAUCGUCCAUUUUGAACUUCUCCUAUCCCAUCUGUGAAGAGGAUCUACCCAAGUUUUCUUUCUGUGGAAGAAGGAAAGGGGAGCAGAUUUAUUUUGCCGGCCCCAUCAGUAAUCCUGGAUUUGAAAUUCUCCAGGGAGAAUACCAGGUUUUGCUGGAACUGUAUAAUGAAAACCAUUUCACCGUGGCCUGUGCCAAUGCCACCAUCAUUUGCUCCUGAGCAGCUGAAACUUGGAGCACACUGUGUCUGCUGGGAACCACAAACUGCUCAAGCUGAACCUGCUCUGUAAGCAAAAGCAGCGGACGAUGGAGAGGCUCAGCGGAGGGGCAGGCGCAGGUUUUAGCCCCCAGGACCAGACGUCCUCAGACUCCACGCAUGUACGUGCUUCUGAGUCACCUCCUGGUAGUCUCAACGCCAUCCUGUGGGCCUGUCCUCCUCACGUGGCCAGACUCACCUGCAGAAACAGCUCUGCAGGAGCACUUCCCCUGUUCCCCAGAAUAAAGAAAGCUGGCCCACUGUU